CACCCCGCAGUGUCUGCCGGGCGGUUGGAAGGCUCCCCUUCCAUCUGCCCAGGGGGCCUGGGUAGUGGUGAGGACACAGGCGGUCUUGGAGGCCCUGCCUGGCCAGCUUUAGCUCCUUCCUCAAAGAGUGGAGCGCAGAUCAGGAGCCUGCUAGGGGUGACUAUGACCGGCCAGGAGCUGCCUCCCCAAGGAAGGAAGCCGGCUUCUUUGCUCUUCCCAGAGCUCAGGCAGCCCUCGUCCCCAGUGGGCCCGGUGGCCGCUUGGGUCCAGUCCAGUGCCCAGAGCAGCAUUCAGGAGGACUGGGUGUGUGAGCCACCGGAUUGUGGACGCUGGGGCCGCCACUGGAGCAUCAGCAUUGAUGAGCGCCGGCGGCUGGCAGUGCUGGGCAGCUGGAAGAGUCCAGGAUGUGGGGACAUCAUGCACAUCGUGGCCCAGCUCGUGUCAGAGGACGUGGAUAAGGAUGUGCUUUUCUCUCACCCACUGAGGCCUGCUGAGUCUGCCAGCACCUUCUUGGCCCGGAGCUCACCUUUCUGGCAUGAGACUUUGAGGUCGCCUCCCUCCUAA